ACUAUUAUGUAAUUAUACAGAUUUUGCUAUAUCGCUUUAAUGAAAGAAGAAAAUUUUAUACACAAAUUUUUGCUCAUCUUUCAGUUGCCAUAUUUUUUAUAAUAACUAAAAUUAAUAUUAACAACUUGCAUUUGUAUAUUGAAAAUUAAAUUGAGAGUUAAAUGGAAAACUACAAAGUAUAACUACAACUUAUAAGCUUUGGUUAUAUUUCAAUCAGGCCACAGUAGUGCACUACUAUUACUAGUAAUAGUGCUAGUAACUGAGUAAGCCUGGAGCCGAGCAACAUGGCUUUAAUUUCCAAAUAGCUUCCAGUUAUUUCAAUAUUUGAAAUAUGGGAGUGCAAGGAUUGUGGCAGCUGUUGGCACCAGUAGGAAGACCUGUUACUCUGGAGUCUCUAGAAGGCAAAACUUUGUCAGUUGACAUAAGUAUCUGGUUGAAUCAGGCUGCCAAAGGUUUUAGAGAUUCUCAGGGUCACCCUAUCUCCAAUUCUCAUGUUUUGGGUUUAUUCCAUCGACUGUGCAAGCUGUUGUUCUACAGAAUCAAACCUGUGUUUGUGUUUGAUGGAAGAGCACCUCAGCUAAAGAAGCAAACAUUGGCAGCUCGGCAACAGAGGCGAGAAGCAGCUUUGCAUACAGGAGAAAAAAUUGGGCAUAAGAUGCUGACAGCUAUUCUUCACAGUCAUUUGAUUCAGAGCAAAGGAGAGAAACAUCAGAAUGUGCAAAAAUCAGAAAAAUUUUCAUCUAAAACCAAUUCAAGAGAUGAAGAUUUGUUCAGACUGCCUCCUCUUUCUGAAAAACCUAAUGAACAAUCUGAGAUUGAAGAUCAUUGGGAAAUGAGACAACAUCAUAGAAGCUUAAUAGAAGAAGAAUUUCAGAAUUUAGACAAUGUUGAUAUUACCUCAGAAGACUUCCAUUCUCUGCCCCCUGAAGUUCGACAUGAGAUUUUAAUAUCUUUGAAAGAAAGGAGAAGACAAGGGUGGAGCCGCCGUGAAGAAUUGCCUAAUAACUGUCAGGAUUUUUCAAAAUAUCAGAUGUCUAAACUGGUACAUCGUAGUCACCUUCAAAAGAUGAUAAGUGAUGUUCAAAAAGAAAUGAAUGCCCAACAGUCAGGAGAAAUAUUGUCUGAGUUGUAUGCAGAAGAAGGCAUUCACGAAGCAGAGUCAAGAAGAAUUAUUUCAGAUGAUACUUCCCAUUAUAUUCUCAUCAAGAAAUCCAAGCGCUCUCCAAAAAAAAGUUGUAUUGAUCAGUCAAAGGGAAAAGAAUCAACCAGUCAAAUACCUGAAGAGACUGGAGACAAAAAAUCUCCUCAAUUUAGAGAUGACAUUUGUUUGCCAGAUGAUGAAAUUCAAAAAUUAACUUCUCUGUUAGGGUGGGAUAGCCUUACAAAAAGCUAUAUACAAUCAAGUUCUGUAUUUGGAAGUGAAUCUUUAUCCAGUAAAGAUAAAGCUUUAUCAGUGGAAGAAGAUAUAAAAGAAUUAGAUUUAUCACAAGUUCCUUCUUGCUCUUUAUCAGAAAGCAAAUUAACCAUUAAAUCUACCUUCCAGGACAGUGAUAUAAACUACAACAAAAAGAACAUGGUGACUGACAUUAUGUCUGGGUCAUGUAAAGAAAAAGCUAACAUUAUUUCUGAAUUGAAAAACCAAGGGCUUUCUUCUUCUUCUCAAAGAGUUGUUGAGCAAUCCAAUGUUAUGUCUGAUGAAACCAAUGUAUCAGUAGCUAAAACUCGUAGUGAUAAAAAUAAUCUUGGCACAUUUAUGUCAGGUGCACCUACGUUAGCCACAGGUUAUAAAUACAAUUCUGUUCAACAUGUGUCAGCUACUAAUAAUUCCAAAACUUCAAAUCUAUGUACUGAAACCUGUAAAACUUCUGUUCGUCCAAAUAUUCCUGUUCUUUCUAGCAGUGGUUUUCAUCAGUCUGGUAUUAACCAGUUAACUUUUCCCAAACAACAAGUUGAAACUAAUGAAUCUACCAACUUAAAAGUUGAUUCAGUUGCAGAUGUUAAACAUCCUACUGGUGAUCACCAACCAUCUGGCACUGAAGAUUCUUUAAAGGAAGGUGAAAGUAAAUCAAUUCAUCAGAUAGUGAAUACAGACAUUCCUUUUAUACACAGAGGAGAUAAAGCACCUUUAUGUAAACUAGAUCAAAAAGGAGAACUAGCAGAAGACACACAUUUUAAAUUUAAAGAAGAUAAGAAAAUUUUGGAAUCUGCAGUUUCAUCUCUAAAAAGAUCUCAUGGUGACACCAUUUGCAGUGACACAGAGAAAUUGAAAGUUUCAAAUAAAUUUGUAGGACAGGCUAUAACAAAUGAAUCGAGCAUGGAAGUAAGAAUAGAUCUAACUGAAACUGCAGUGGAGGAUGAUCUCUUUCCUGUUGACAUUUUCCUGCCAGACAAAGAAGAAUUUCAAUUAACUGUUGAUGUUAAAUAUGAAGAUUUAACAACAGAUACACAGAGGAAACCUACACAGGAAUCUAAUUGCAAUGAAGUUCGUAAAGAAUAUAACCCAAACGUUAGCUUGGAAGAAUUAGAGACAAUGCAAAGACAGCUGCAAAUUGAACAUGCACAACAAGAACGUCAGGCAGUGACCAUUGCUGACCACAUGUAUCAUGAAUGCCAAGAGUUGCUGCGACUAUUUGGUGUACCUUAUAUCAUCAGUCCUCAGGAAGCUGAAGCUCAAUGUGCUCAGUUAGAUGCCAUGGACUUAACCCAGGGAACGAUUACAGAUGAUAGUGAUAUAUGGUUGUUUGGUGGACACAAAGUUUACAAGAACUUCUUCAAUCAAGGGAAAUUUGUAGAAUUCUAUAAAGAUACAGAUAUAAAAACUGAACUAGGCUUGGAUCGAUGCAAAAUGAUCAGUCUGGCAUUACUGACAGGUAGUGACUAUACAGAGGGAGUGGAAGGAGUUGGUUAUGUCACAGCCAUGGAGAUCUUGAGUGAAUUUCCAGGAGAUGGAAUGGAUUCACUUAAAGCAUUCAGGUCAUGGUGGGAUUCUAUGAAAAAAGCUGCAAGUCCUCCAGGCAACAAGAUACGUUCUAAGCUACAAAAGUUUGAUCUGGAACCAGGUUUUCCCAGCCAAAUAGUUUUUGAUGCUUAUCUUUAUCCACACGUUGAUAACUCUUCUGAGAAAUUCUCUUGGGGAAUUCCUGACCUCCAACUGCUAAGAGAGUAUGCUGAAGAAAAGUUUGGGUGGUCAAGGAAUAAAAUUGAUGAUCUUUUACUCCCUGUGAUGAAGAAAAUUAAUGAAAGACAGACACAGGUAAGAAUAGACAGCUUUUUCACAGUUCAACUUACCAAAGGAAAUAACUUGUUCCCAAGCAAACGACUUCAGUGUGCUUUGACCAAGAUCAGGAAACCAUCUGUUGACCAGAAUGAAGAGAAGGAGCCAGAUCCUAAAGGAGAAAUGCACAAUAUUUUAAAAGCACAUUCACCUAAACAAAAAGUCAAAUGUAGUUCUCAGAAACAAACUUUGAAAUAUGGUCAGAUAGAACCUGUUUUGUCUUCUGCCACUACUACUAUAACAUCUAACAAGAAAAAGAAAUAUAUGUCUAGAACGGGAAAGAUAAAGGAUAAUCUCACAGAAAUAUUAUUACCUUCAGUGAAUGAACUGACCAAUCAGAAUAGUCAAGUAGCUACAGACUAUCCAUUGUCCAAAAAAGUAAAACUAAAUAAAAAAGCAAAAUCAACACAAGUUUAUAAGCAAAUUGAUGUGGUAUCACGGAAGUCAAGUCAGAGAAUUAGCAAAUCUAAAGCAAAUGAACUUCUUACUGAACCCCAAUUAUCCGAAGACAGCACAGAAAGUGAAUAAUAUUUGGAGUUCGUGCAGUUUGUAAUAUAUAAAGAUAAUAUACUGUAGUAGUAAAAACACAGUGCAAAAUAUAGAAACCUAACAUUAUACAAAAUGGUAAAAGUGCAAGUGUUAUGAUGAGUAUUUCACCUUACUGUUAUCAGUGCUAAUGAAUGAGUAUACAAUGAAAUAUUUAUACCCAAAUAAUUUAUAUUUAAGAAAUGUAUGGAGAUCUCUUUUAGAUACCAACUUAGCCGUAAAUUUGAUUGAAUUGUCAAUAUAUUUUUCCAAUGAAUAUAAGUAUAUCUACAUUAUACGCUGUAUAAAUAUUUGCUAUGUUAUUUAUGAGCUAAGAUUUAAACAACUCAUGAAAAAAAUCUCAUUAACUUUGUGGUUUAAGCAAGUGACCUUCUUGAAUUAUAAAUGAGUAACAUGGAACUGGUAUAUGGAACAAUUGUAUUUAACAGUUUAAAAUAUCUUUACAAAUGGGAAAAUGUAAAUAUGUGGUAUAAAUAAAAAAAACAAAUAAUU